AUGUCUGCCGGUUUACACACGGGACUUCCUACGCCCACCGAGGGCAACUCGGCUCUGGAGAACAUCCGCAUGGACAUGGAGAACCUGACCCAGUCGCUCAUCGAGCUCGGGGUGGUUGUGCACGACUAUGUGGGCGAAGAAGGCACGCAGGUUGCUCUUGAACACAAAACAAAGGACCUUGUUUCCGAGCUGCGGUCCGCUGCCCAGCACGCAGACUCUCUGGAAGACACGGCCGUGCCUACCGCGGUCAUCGAGUACCUUGAAGAUGGCCGCAAUCCUGAUAUUUAUUCUCGCGAGUUUAUCGAGACCCUGGUCAUGCAGAACCAGUUUAUUCGAGGCAAAAUGCUAGCAAUGGCCCAGUUCAAAGAUAUCUUCGUCUCCCAUCUUGCAGACCAGUUUGACUGGAUGAAAGAGGACCUGCAGAACGCCGCCGAUAUGACCGCUGCUUCAUAA